CAAAGAUGGCGGUACGGAAGAAAGACGGCGGCCCGAAUGUAAAAUAUUUCGAAGCGUCUGAUACUGUCUCGCAGUUCGACAAUGUCCGGGUUUGGCUGGGCAAGAAUUAUAAAAAGUAUAUUCAAGCAGAGCCCCCUACCAAUAAAUCUUUGUCAAGUCUGGUGGUUCAGCUGCUUCAGUUUCAGGAGGAAGUGUUUGGCCGGCAUGUCAGCAACCCUCCCCUCACUAAACUACCGAUGAAGUGUUUUUUGGAUUUCAAAUCUGGAGGAGCUCUGUGUCAUAUUCUGGCUGCUGCCUACAAGUUCAAGAGUGAUCAAGGAUGGAGGAGAUUUGACUUCCAGAAUCCUUCGAGAAUGGACCGCAAUGUUGAAAUGUUCUUGACUAUAGAAAAGUCUUUGGUACAGAAUAACUGUUUGUCCCGACCUGUGAUUUACCUGAGUUCAGAGAUAGAGCCCAAGCUACUGGGAAAACUGAAGGACAUCAUCAAACGACACCAGGGGACUGUGACUGAAGAUAAGCUGUCCAGCUCUCAUGUAGUGGUGCCUAUUCCUGCUAGUCUAGAGGACGAAGAGUGGGUUCGUCCUGUAAUGAAGAGAGACAAACAGAUGCUGCUACACUGGGGCUACUGGCCUGAUAGUUAUGACACAUGGAUCUCAGCCAGUGAGGUGGAGGCUGCUGUGGAGGAUCCGCCCACUGCUGAGAAACCCAGGAAGGUCCAUGCCAAGUGGAUUCUGGACCUAGAUCAGUUUAACGAGUGGAUGAAUGAGGAAGACUAUGAGGUAGGAGAAGGAUUACCGAGGAGGAAGAGAAUUUCAGCAAAGACUCUCACAGAUGAAGUGAGCGCUCCAGAUGAAAGGAAGGAUAAAAAACCCAGCAGUGCCAAAAAAAGGAAGCGUUCCCCGUCUCCAUCUCCUACCCCUCCACCACAAGAGAGCAAGAAGAAAAACACCAAGAAAGGGCCCACUACUCCCUACACUAAGUCCAAACGAGGACAGAGAGAGGAAGAACAGGAAGAUUUGACAAAAGAUUUAGAUGAACCCUCACCUGUGCCUGCAGUGGAGGAAGCAACACUACCUAAAACAGUGACUAAGAAGGACUCAGAUUCUACUCCAGUGAAAGGAGGCACUAUGACUGACCUGGAUGAGCAAGAGGAUGAAUCAAUGGAGACUGUAGGGAAGGAAGAAGAAGAAGGUUCUCUGAGUGUGAAAGGAGAACCGGUGAAGGGUUCGGACCUUCAUGAGGAUAAUGUCACUGAACAGACCCAUCAUAUCAUUAUCCCUAGCUAUGCUGCUUGGUUUGACUAUAACAGUGUCCAUGCUAUAGAGCGCAGGGCACUACCUGAGUUUUUCAAUGGGAAAAACAAGUCAAAGACUCCUGAAAUUUAUCUGGCAUACCGUAACUUCAUGAUCGACACAUACAGACUGAACCCACAGGAGUAUUUGACCUCCACAGCCUGCCGUAGGAACCUGGCUGGAGAUGUUUGUGCCAUUAUGAGGGUCCAUGCAUUCCUGGAACAGUGGGGCUUGAUUAACUAUCAGGUGGAUUCAGAGAGUCGGCCCACUCCCAUGGGGCCUCCACCCACCUCACACUUUCAUGUGCUGGCAGAUACUCCAUCAAGUCUGGUACCACUACAGCCUAAAGCAUCCCAGACUUCAUCCUCUCAACAGAUGCUGUCAUUCCCAGACAAAGUAAAGGACAAACCAGCUGACUUGCAGAACUUUGGGUUGAGGACAGAUGUGUACAGUAAGAAGAGCGGCCCAGCUAAAACUAAAAAUGCUGCCAGUGCCACUCGGGAAUGGACAGACCAGGAGACGCUGCUACUGCUAGAGGGUCUAGAAAUGUAUAAAGAUGACUGGAAUAAAGUAUCGGAGCACGUGGGAAGCCGCACCCAGGAUGAAUGCAUCCUCCACUUCCUGCGUCUACCAAUCGAAGACCCCUACCUGGAGGACAGCUCUUCCUCCCUGGGCCCGCUGGCCCAUCAGCCAAUUCCAUUCAGUCAGGCGGGGAAUCCUGUCAUGAGUACUGUGGCAUUCCUGGCCUCUGUGGUUGACCCUCGAGUGGCUUCCGCUGCAGCAAAAUCUGCACUUGAGGAGUUUUCUCGAAUGAAGGAGGAGGUCCCGGCUGCGUUGGUGGAGGCUCAUGUGCGUCGAGUGGAGGAGGCGGCCAGAGCAAGUGGGAGACCAGACCCUCUCUAUGGCCUGGAGGGCAGCGGCAUCGCAGGAACCGGCCUUGAAGAUGCUGACAAACCCUCUGAGGAUGGAAGUGAAGAGAAUAAGAGCAGUGAUGGUCAAUCUAGCCAAGAUAAAAGAGACAAUAAGGAGAGCAAAGAUGGAGCCAUUGAGGAGGAAGAAAAACAAGGAGAGAACGGCAAGAAAGAGGAAGAGAGAGUGAGAGAAGGGGAGACAGAGAAAGAGACGGAGAAAACAGACUCAGAAAUGGCCGAUGGCGAGAAGGAGAAAGAACGGAAGGAGGGAUUAGAAGAGGUUCAGAGGGAUGGAGAGAGUGAGGGAGAGAAGAAAGCAAAGGUGGAGAGAGAUGUAGGAGAGGGAAACUUGGCCACUGCCGCUGCUUCUGCGCUCGCUGCUGCUGCCGUGAAAGCUAAGCACUUGGCAGCAGUAGAGGAAAGGAAGAUCAAGUCUCUGGUGGCUCUGCUGGUAGAGACCCAGAUGAAGAAACUGGAGAUCAAACUCAGACACUUUGAAGAGCUGGAAACCAUCAUGGACAGAGAGAGAGAGGCACUGGAGUAUCAGAGGCAGCAGCUUCUUGCUGAUCGUCAGUCGUUUCAUAUGGAGCAGUUGAAGUAUGCAGAGAUGAGAGCCCGACAGCAACACUUCCAGCAGAUCCAACACCAGCACCAGAGCAACCAGCCUGCCAAUCAGUCUGGCAGUACUCCAUCUGUACCCCACCAGCCUGUCACUAACGCCUCUGCCCCGCCCACAACACAAAGCUCCGCCUCCGUGAGCACCCCUAAUGCCCACAGUGAAGCUCCACCACCUGCAUCUCACAGUUCUCCCCCCACCAACGCACAGACUGGAUCAGCGCAUGAAUCCAGCACUCAACUACCAGGGGAUUCGCUCUAUCCAAACGCCCCUGUGCCUCCAACACAGUAAAAGAAAUGGUGAGAUUUAAAGGGGAUCAAUGAUUCCAGAGAAGAAAAUGAAGGAGAUUAGAUAGAAAGCAAAAGAUACAGAGAUAAAGGGAGCGAUAUCUUCGUUUUUGUCACUUGCAUCAUUUUUGGGAGAAAAUGAUAUAAAUGAAUUCUUGCCAGUAUCUUGAACAUGACAUGAUUCAAAAUAAAUAGCUAAAGCUAAACACAGAUAACCUUUAAACUGACUGACAUAUAAAACAGAAAAAAAGACCUUAGGUUUGGACUUUUGGAAAGGUCUUAAAUCCAAAUCCCUGUUAAUACCCAACAAAAGCAAUCUUGACCCAAACAGCCUGCAUCCAAGUACCAGGCACAAGGCUCAGUAUACCCUUGUCCGUCCUCCAUUUUCAGUAACAUCACUUAACUUUGAGCCGAACCACAGGAUCCAGGAUACCUGUGAUCUGCACUCCAGAAGCAUCUCAAUGUACUUUAGGUACUCAAAUGGAAACAAACAUACAAAUUGCACUUUUAGAAUGUUUCCUGAAUCUUACUUUUCGGAGGGAUGAAGCAUAAAGUCAAAAUUAGCCCUGACUUAAUGUUUUCUUUUAACAACAUUCUUUUUAUCACUUAAUCUUUGUAUUUGUUUCAUAGAAGCACUCGAUUUGGAGUAAGUCCGAAGAGAAACUUGACUUUGUUAUCGUUACUUUGUAUGCGUGCGUGUGAAUGUCGGUUUUGCUUUUGGGACAGUGUGAAAGCUUCAGUGGUUUGGCCUGUUUUUAUGUACAAUUAGAUUUUAGCAUGAUAAAAAAGAGACAACAAAAUUGUAUUAAAUCUGUUUACUUUGUCUCUGACAACAUGUACUGUAAACCUGGAAAUCUGUGUGCACGUCAUUGCCACAAAAUAUCAUAAGUUACUAUACAUUUCUAACAGGUGAAAGUAGUUAUUUCAUUCUCAUCUCAUUGCAAUGCUUAUGAGAAAACUGAAAUAUUGGAGUGUAUGAUUAAUCAACAAUGAAAAAAGAAUGGGAAGCGCAGCAAGGAAUCAUAUUGGUUCCUUAACUCAAAUAGGGUUGAAUCAAUCAUUUUAGAAAGAUCAUAUCGCACAUUUUAGUAAUCAGUGUUCAUGCCAGAACUGAUGUUUCAGUUCUGAUUGUUAACCCUUGUGUGUCAAUUUUAAAAAGCUACACAGAGGUCCUCAGGGGACAAAAAUGUCCUUGUUAAAAACGAUCAUAAAAAUAUUAUAUAGUAAUAUUUGUUCUGCUUUCACUGACAUUGAUCAUUUUCCAGCAUCUGUCCUGAUCAUAACUACCAAAAAUGUAGUCAUUUUCAGGAUUUUAACUCUUAGAAUGCUAGUAAUGUUUACAUAAUGCCACUGGUGUUCAUGAGAAAAAUAUAUAUUAUACUAAGCAUAUGAUAUUGAUUAUUACAGUAUUGGAU